AUGGAUCGUACAGGAAAUUGGAAAUUUAAACAAACCAGAAUGUUUGUCCGUCCCACCCACGCAGUCGCCAUACUGUUGUCCAUUAAAAGAAGCAGAGUUAUACGAAGGCAAAAAGUAUUGACUUCUAGAGGUAGCUCUCUGAAUAGAGUCACUGUGAUAACUGGGAAGCUGGUUCAUCCUCCUAUUGUGGAUGGUCUAUUUAACGAUUCUCCAAAACUCCGCCUCUUCACUAGACCUCCUCGCUGGUGCGCAGACGGUUUGACAAACUUCUUCUCAUAUCUACUUGGCACCAAUCGCGUAUAUUUCGCUUUGCUGGAUAAUGUGUUUUGACUAUUGACUGGUCUCACAGAAGUAAGAGGCGAUUGAAAUCCAGGCAAGAGCGUGUGGUGAACUUGCUGAUAAUUUGGAUCAUUUGUAUAAAACGUCGGCACGUAUGUUGGUUGAUUGACACCAUCAGACAGAUUAUCUCCAAUCCUUACAUAUCCAUAAACUGGAUUUGAUUGAGCCGUCUCGCCCACUAGAAGCGGAUCAGGUGUAUAAAAAUGAUCUCCAUAGGCAUGCCUAUGAUUCGGAUCGUCGCAACAGUACUGACUGCCGUAUUUGGAUCCAUCAUGACAGGUCUUUUCCACUGGAAUGAGGCGGGGCUUCGAAAGAGGCAUCACUGGUGCAGUUCCGCCGUGUGUUUGCUUCUUCCUUAUUAUAUAGAUAAUGACGACGACAUUGAUUACUAUCACAACUCCUCCAAUAACACAAGCUGCAACGAUUAUGAAAAGGGAAUUCGACCGAGUGUAGCCAACGGCUUUUAUGGUGUGGUAGGCAUUGAAGUGAUCCACAUCAUCAGAAGCAUGACCAGUUCUCGCUUGGAUUGUUUUUGAAUACUUUGUUUCACCGUAUUCGUCAUUUCGUGACCUAACGGCCACUUCAUAUUGUGUAUUCUGAUUUAGCCCGAUGAUUGUAAACGAAGCAUCGCCAGCAUCUUCAACUUCAGCUACGUCCGCAUACUUGUAUUGA